AUGGCAAGCCCGCAAGGCUACGUUGACCAUCACGUUCUGCUCAUUCUGCAAGAUGGACGUGCAAUUGUGGGAGUAAUGGCCGGUUAUGACCAAAAGGCUAACGUUGUUCUGUCGGACUCAAAGGAACGCGUACUGUAUCUUGUCAAAGGCGACCAAAUUGUUCUGAUUGGCGAGCUUGAUGAGGCCCUAGACCAGUCGGCCGACCUCUCCACCAUUCGCGCGGAAUCUAUCCUGCCUGUCCACUACUGA